GUAUUCACAAAAUCAUUUUAAGAAAAUUUGAAAUUCCGAUGCUUAAGAAUUAAGACUUUGAUGCCUAUUUCUUAUUAAAGAAAAAAAAAAAAAAACCCCUGUGAUGAAGAAAUGGUGGUAAUUUCUCUUCAUCCAAGGCCACGAAAGACAAUAUAAUCCUAAUAAUAUUGAGUUAUUUAAAUUAUCAGAGUAAAUAAGGGAAUCAAUCUCCAUGAUCGGCGUUAACGUUACGGGUCUUUGCACUCUGCCGUGCAAGACAACAACCUUCGUAGAAUCGAAACCACUGUGGCGCCCGACACCUCCUUCGCUCUCCGCACGGCGCCACACUUCCUCCUCCGCAAUCUUUCUUUUAGUCUUCCAAAACACUUCUUGGUCUUCUCAUGCACCGAUUCCUUCCUGGAAAACGGGUAGCUCCUCAGGUACAUCUGCCUGCACGAGAUACUGUCCACCACAACCACAGGGCACUGCGGGUGCCCAUUACGCCCCCUCCGCCACGGUUGACGUUGUUCGGUCGGAGUGGGGCCACUUCGUCGUUUAUGCAAACGGAGAUCGUUAUUGGAGCUCACUGAUCGGAUGAACGCUGCGUCGGAUUCUGGCCACUUGUAGUUCCGCCGAACUAGGACCCUGGCGUCAUUGAUGCAGCCGGUGUCUGUCUCUUAUACACCUCUAUUUUGUCUAAUUAACAAUUUUGUUUUUU